AUGGUCCUGCUCACCGCCUUCAAGAGCUGCGUCGUGUACUCCCACCUCCCGGACAUCCUGGGUGGCGGCGACGGGCCCUACGUGUCGAGGCUGUUUUCGUUGGACGUCGUGGUCAAGGCCAUGGCCUCCGCGAUGCUGCAGCUGAUACUGCUGCUGCGCCGCUACGAGCAGGCCGCCCUGGUGCAGUGCCUGGUCAUGUACUUGUCGUGGUGUGCACCCUCGCGCCGCUCGUGGCGCGGCAUGGCCCUGGUGCUGGCGUGGUUCCUGAUCAGUUCCAUCUUCGUCCCGGCCUUCAGCGUCGCCACCGCCGACAUGUCGGCCCUCAAGAGCGUGAAGGAGGUCACCCUCUACGUGACCGACAUGUUGCCCUCGUUCCACAUGAUGCUGGCCGACGGCGAGCUGGGUGCCCUGGUCACCGCCUGCGUGUUCCUGGGCCGGGACGUCGCCGACGACCAGGUCCUGCAGGACGUGGUGCGCACCAGCAACCGCGCGCACGGCGCCGCCCGCCUGUGCUGCCUGCUCGUCGCCGUCAUGGAGGCCGGCAUCAGUUCCUUCGGCGGCAUCGUGUACCUGCAGGGCAAGAUAGGCGUCCGGAGCGCGUCCAGCUUCCUCGAGGCCUACGGCGCCAGCACCGUCGUCUGGGGCAUCGUCAUCAUGCUCAGGUUCAUCGCCAGCUGCACCCUGGGCCAGCAGCUGCGCAAAAGCCAUUCGAGGAUAUUCAAUACGCUCCAUGGGUUCCUGGCGAGAAACGCCCUUGUUUCCAACAGGACGAAUAGAGAAGUGCAGGGAUUCAGCCACCAGUUGCAGAUGCAGGACUGCCGCUACGGGGUCUUCGAUCUGCUCUUCUUCGAUUUCACCACCAUGGGCCGGGUCUUCGGCUCCUUCGCGACUUUCCUGGUCAUCCUGUUCCAAUUCGAUCAGACUUAGUCACAAUCCAGUGAAAAUGGAUGAUGAAUCCAUCCAUCAUCGUCAGCUUUUAUCCAGCCUAGCGGGAACACGCCAACCAACGUGACGCCUAUUUUACGUGAAAUCGUCCCGUUUGAUCGAAAUUCAGUUGAUUGGAGGAAAGAAAUUGGAGGAACAUCACUAGUUUCUUACGCUGUGAUAGAUAAAAGUGUGUGCUUUGUUUGUUGUGUUUUACAGGGGAAUGUCCGGAUGGCAUUCAACAGAAAAGAAACAUGUCAAAUCAUUUAAGAUGCGUUGUACUGUGUUUAUUGCCAAAUGGUUUGUUUCAUGGAGUGAAUAAAUUACAAAUCACAAUUUCUCAA